CGAAACUUUAGAAACUUUUUUCUGUCUCUCUCUUCACCUCCUCCGCCACACACACACACACACACACACACCCCAUACCGUACCGUACCGUACCGGACACAUGGCGUUCCUCCGUAGACACCUGGCUCCUGUGGUGUUUUGCGCGCAGGUCGCCAGCUCGUUUUUUGACACCGGCCUCCAGCUGGUUGUCCAGCAGCGUUUCGAGAACAACACAACCCGCCUUGGAGGUGGAGAAGAGCACACACAGUCCAUCGCAGGCUUCUACAUGAUCUUCAACAUCUUAACCAAACUGGUGGCGAUUAUCCCAGCGUGUCUCCUGGCACGACUUGCAGACCAGGGCAACCGGAAGCUUCCUGUAGUCAUGCCUUUGAUCGGUUACUUUGUUUCACGGGCGCUGCUUUUGUUCGUCAUCGUUUUUGACUGGCGCGUGGAGGUGAUGUACGCGGCCCCCGUGGUGAGCGGCCUCUGCGGCGGCUUCUCGUCCUACUGGCCCGGCGUGAUCGCGCUGGUGUCGCUGAGCACGAGCGAGGAGGCCAGGUCUUUGCGCAUCAUGCGCACGGAGCUGACGUACGGCGUCGCGGGCUUCCUGGGGAGCCUGGCAUCGGGGCACCUGUUCCAGCUCGAGGCGGACGGGCCGGGGCAAGGGGUCGUGCUUUCGUGCGCGAGCGUGGCGCUGUACUUCGCGUGUCUCGUGUACGCGGCGUGCGUCUUCCAGGUGGGCACGCGCGCGCCGCACGAGGACGCGGAGGAGACGCUGGGCGGUGAGAGGGUGGGCACGCCGGCCGGAGACAGGGGCAACAUCGUGCUGCUGUUCGCCGCCGGGAUCCUGUACGACGUGGCGGUGACGGGCGGCGUGGAGAUCCUCAGCAUCUACGUGCUGGUCAACCCGCUGAGCUGGACCGCGACCCAGGUGGGCUACGGCAACGCCGCCGGGUCGCUCAUCUUCAUCACCAGCUUCCUGGGCGUCAAGAUGUUCACGCGGCUCUCCAUGAGCGACACAAGCAUGGUCCUGAUAGGCAUGCUCUCCUUCCUCACCGGGAUCUACUUCAUGACUUUCGUUACAACUACCACCACGUAUUUCUUAGCACGUUCCCUCACUUUGCUCGCACUCAUCCCCAUGCCCAUCAUUCGCUCGCUACUGUCCAAGCAGAUCCAUGGAUCAUCAUAUGGAAAAACCUUCACUGGGCUCCAGCUGUCCUUCCAAUUGGUCGGUUUGGGUACAACAUUUAUGUACACCAAAGUCUACCAGUCCACACUGCAUUUCCUUCCAGGGUUUGUCUUUACCUUAUCGAGCAUCAUCACAUUCCUCGCUAUGAUUCCCAUCAGCAUUAUCGGGUGCCGAACCGCAAGGCAGGAACGCUAUCAGAGACUUUAAAAGGGAACUGAACCCUCAUGCAAGGCAGCUCCGAGGUUGAUCCUGAGUUCAACAUUCUGCCUGUGCAGAAUUUCACAGGUUCUCCAUGUGUUCAUCUGGGUUCACCCAGUUUCCUUCAUCUACCAAAGUUGCUAGUAGGUGGAACCACAAAUAAAUUGCCCCUUGGUGCGAGUGUUUGCAAAUAAGUUGCCCUGUUGUGGACUGGUGUCACAUCAUGGGUGUAUUCCCAGUCUCUGGAUCCAACAUGGACCUUACCAGGAUGAAGCAGUUACUUAGUAAGAAUGAAUAAAUGCUGAACGAAUUAAA